AGGAGCUGAAAAUGCAGAUUUAGCAUCAAGCACAGACAUACACUCGCUCUUUUCUCUCAGAUACACACAGCUCCUCACAUUAGCACCUCUGCCAGCGAGUCGGGCCGCCUGACUACACAGCUUCCCUGCCAGCCAGAAGCUAGAGAUCGUACCUUAAUUUGCGGCUUUCCAAGCCCCCGAUCAGUCUCUUUCUCCACACAAAGAUUCCUUUAAAAAAACAAACAAACAAACAAACAAAAACUACAUAUAUAUUUCUUAUUUGCACCUUUCUCCUGGGUCCCCUGCUCCGCCAGCCUGCGCGCCUCCUAGCACCACUUUUCACUCCUAAAGAAAGAUGAAAGGUGUCUGUGCCUCCCAGUGGAAGGCGGCCGCGGGGCUUCUCUUCUGUGUCGUGGUUUUUGCAUCGGCCGAGAGACCGGUCUUCACGAAUAAUUUUCUCGUGGAGUUGCAUAAAGGAGGAGAUGAAGAAGCUCGCCAAGUUGCAGCAGAGCACGGCUUUGGAGUCCGGAAGCUCCCUUUCACUGAAGGCCUGUACCACUUUUAUCACAAUGGCCUGGCAAAGGCCAGGAGAAAACGCAGUCUACAUCACAAGCAUCUGCUGGAGAGAGACCCCAGGGUAAAGAUGGCCUUGCAACAAGAAGGAUUCCAACGGAAAAAGCGAGGAUAUAGAGAUAUCAAUGAGAUCGAUAUCAACAUGAAUGAUCCUCUUUUUACAAAGCAAUGGUAUCUGAUCAAUACUGGACAAGCCGAUGGCACUCCUGGCCUUGAUUUGAAUGUGGCAGAAGCCUGGGAGCUGGGCUACACAGGAAAAGGUGUUACCAUUGGAAUUAUGGAUGAUGGGAUUGACUAUCUCCACCCAGACCUGGCCUCAAACUACAAUGCCGAAGCAAGUUAUGACUUCAGUAGCAACGACCCCUAUCCUUACCCUCGAUACACAGAUGACUGGUUUAACAGCCAUGGAACCCGAUGUGCAGGGGAAGUUUCUGCCGCAGCCAACAACAAUAUCUGUGGGGUCGGAGUGGCAUACAACUCCAAGGUCGCAGGUAUCCGGAUGCUGGACCAGCCAUUCAUGACGGACAUCAUCGAGGCCUCCUCCAUCAGCCACAUGCCCCAGGUGAUCGACAUCUACAGCGCCAGCUGGGGCCCCACAGACAACGGCAAGACAGUGGACGGGCCCCGGGAGCUCACGCUUCAGGCGUUGGCGGAUGGUGUGAACAAGGGCCGAGGCGGCAAAGGCAGCAUCUACGUGUGGGCCUCUGGGGACGGCGGCAGCUACGAUGACUGCAACUGCGAUGGCUAUGCCUCUAGCAUGUGGACCAUCUCCAUCAACUCAGCCAUCAACGAUGGUAGGACGGCCUUGUAUGACGAGAGUUGCUCCUCCACCUUGGCCUCCACUUUCAGCAAUGGCAGAAAGAGCAACCCCGAGGCCGGAGUGGCAACCACAGACUUGUAUGGCAACUGCACUCUGAGGCAUUCUGGGACAUCUGCAGCAGCUCCAGAGGCCGCCGGAGUGUUUGCUCUGGCUUUAGAGGCUAAUCUGGGUCUUACCUGGAGAGACAUGCAGCACCUGACUGUGCUCACCUCCAAACGAAACCAGCUUCAUGAUGAGGUUCAUCAGUGGCGGCGGAAUGGGGUCGGCCUGGAGUUUAAUCACCUCUUUGGCUACGGGGUCCUUGACGCAGGCGCCAUGGUGAAGAUGGCUAAAGACUGGAAAACGGUGCCAGAGAGAUUCCACUGUGUGGGCGGCUCUGUGCAGGACCCUGAGAAAAUACCAUCCAUUGGCAAGUUGGUGCUUACUCUCACCACUGAUGCGUGUGAAGGGAAGGAAAAUUUUGUCCGCUACCUUGAGCAUGUCCAAGCUGUCAUCACAGUCAAUGCAACCAGGAGGGGAGAUCUGAAUAUCAACAUGACUUCCCCUAUGGGCACCAAGUCCAUUUUGCUGAGCCGGCGUCCAAGGGAUGAUGACUCCAAGGUGGGCUUUGACAAGUGGCCUUUCAUGACCACCCACACGUGGGGGGAAGACGCCCGAGGAACCUGGACCCUGGAGCUGGGGUUUGUCGGGGGCACACCUCAGAAGGGGCUGUUGAAGGAGUGGACCCUGAUGCUGCAUGGCACGCAGAGUGCCCCUUACAUUGACCAGGUUGUGAGGGAUUACCAGUCCAAGCUGGCCAUGUCGAAGAAGGAGGAGCUGGAGGAAGAGCUGGAUGAAGCUGUAGAGAGAAGCCUGAAAAGCAUCCUGCACAAGAACUAGUGCUGCACCCUGGCUCCGGCGCCUCCCCUCUUCCCAUCUCCGCCUCUCUGUCCUUGCUCCAUUCUUUGUCAGGCACCUAGCAAUUCCAACUUCUUGAUCUGAAGCUUCACUCAUUGUCAAUGAUUAUUUUCUUUACAAUGGAAGUAAUCUUUUUUUAUUCUCUGCCCCAAAUACAGUGUUCCCACCAACAUCUACAUUCUAUUUGUGACUCUAGGUUCUUUAUUUGUGUCACUCAAAUAGAUGAUAUCCUGAAAAAAAAAAAAAAAAAAAAAAAAAAAAAAAAAAAAAAAAGCUUGGACAACUUUCCCCUCAAUUUUUUUCAGAUCUGAGAAGAGAAGACAAUGCAUUUAUAAAGCUACACACAUUGACUCCAAGAACGUCUAUUUAUGGUCUCAACUGACCCAUUAGAUUAAAAAAAAAAUCAAAGCUUAUGACCAAGGUUGAGUUCUGAAUCUCUUAAAGCACAAGGGAUGCUGUAAGUGCUUUGGGAAAGAUGUUUUGAAUUUAGCAAGAUUUUUUAGCGACGUAGAUGAAGGUGGCAUGAUUUGAAAGACACCAUCUAUGAGAACUCUAAUUACUGGAGGAGGAAGAGUAAAACAGCAUGGGCAUUGGAAAUCUUACCACCAAUGCCAACACCAUAACUUUUCCUACUCAGCCAGCAUGGCAAAUAUAAAACCUAUGUAGCGUGGCUGUCCUUUCACCAGCUAUUGCUCUGAGUUAGGGUAAAAUAUUCUAGAGAAGUCCAAAUUACUCUCAGUUGGCACAGAAUUCAUUUCAGCCCAACUUUGUGAGGUUUCUCACAUAACUAUCCAAAAUGGGGAAAUGCAAGGCAGGUCUGGCAACACACCAUGGUAGUUUUUAACCCAGGAACAUUCCUUUUCCUAAUUCAUUUGGGAACUUCUUAAUCGGAUGGGAGCAAGAGGCCAGGUGAGUGUUUUUUUAUAGCUUUCCACGUAUGAACUUGGGCUUUAAGUUCCAAAGCAUGUGCUUAGUGGGCAAUAUCUUACUCCUUCACGUUGUGAUUUCUUUGAUGUGUUAGGGCAAUGGCCUCUGUUCAGGCACAGGUGUGUGGAGAGUGCAGUGGGCAUGUCUGAAUUUAAGAGCAGCCAUCUUCACUGGAUCUUCAUUUGUAUGGAGACUUUUCUGCCAAAGUGGGGAAUGCCAACUCAUCCCCCAUAACUUGAGCCCGAAGAAAGCAAGAGAAGCCCUUGUUAGGGAAAGCACGGGUACCAUCUUGGCAACUAAGCAGUUCAUGAUGGUGUUUAACAGGUCAUCUAAAGCUGAUACAUUCCUCUCCCCUGUAUACCCCAAAAGACACCACACCAUUUCAUUCUCAAAUAGAAAUGCUUUCUGACCUGUUGACACCUUGUUUUCCUACUCAAGGAUGGAUUCCUCAUCUUCAAUUCCAAUGCCCACCCACUCCCAAGAAAUGACUCAUUUGUUUGACUUGAUUUCCAAGAACUGAUCAACUACUCUAGCUACAUUUCUCCCUUCCCUUGGAGCACGUAGCUAAGCCUACAGUUCCCUUCCUCAAAACCAGCAAUACCAGAACACCAGUUUCCAUUCCCUGAAGGUUACAACUUUAAGAGAGAAGUCUGGAAAACCCAUUUUCUUUCUUUUUUUCCCCAUGUUGGCAUGAAUUUGUCUUCUCUGACACCAUAUGACCUUCUCUAUUUAAUGCUUUAAAUGUAACAAUAUUUAUGAUUUUUAAAAGAAAUUUAUUACUUAUUGCGAAGGUCUUUUUAAACCAGUUUAAAUUUUAAGAAAAAAAUAAAUGGAAAUCAUCAAAAAUUCAUUUCUCAUUAACUGUGUGAAAAUAAACCAAAGGACAUUAUGUGUGUAAAAGUGCACACAGAAAUAUAUAUAUGCAUAUGUAGACUAUACACAUGUGUAUAUAUGUGUAUAUAUAUAUACUUGUAUAAAUGUAUAUACACACAUAUAUCAAAAAAAUGUGUGUAUGCGUAUUUAUUAGAGAAAUAGACACCAUCUUCAUCUUUUAAAGAAUAUUCAGAGACUAUCAAGGUGAUACUGGUUGAAGAGAAAGACCAGUGGAAAUUCAGGUGAAAAUGUUCAUUGAUUCCCAUUGCAUCACCACUGUAAUUUUGCAGCUCUCUGUAUAAACAUGAAAUGUCUUAUAUAGCAGCAAAGAUAUAAAAUAGCGUCCAUAUUUUCACAGUUGUGGUAUAAUUUAUGAAAUUAAGAGAGUAACUUACAGCUUCUUAAUAAAAAUGGCAAGUUUUGAUAUGAGUAUACAGUAUAUAAAAAUAUAUAGUGCUGUAUAAAAAUA